CCAACUACAUCGGCUGCUUUUCAUCGAAGUUCGGAAAACUAACAGGGCCAGAGACAUUCAUCAACAUUCAGGACAAGCAAGUAAUAAUUAUUUUUUAUUUUUACGGUUUUUCACACGUGCUGGAGGACAAAUGUCGAACGACGACAACGGAAGCAUGGCAACCUACGUGCCAGAAAUCGCUCGGGUGGCGGUACGAGCCCCACCGUUCUGGAAGGCUAACCCGACCCUUUGGUUCGCACAAAUAGAAGCCCAGUUCGCAAACGCCAAUAUAACAGCCGACGAAACAAAAUUCAACCAUGUUAUUGCGGCCAUGGAGAGCGAAAUCUUCGCCCAAGUGAGCGACAUAGUCGUCCAACCUCCGAACAAAGAGAAAUACCUCACGCUCAAACGCCGAUUAAUUGACCAGUUCGCGGAUUCUGAACAACAGCGGCUACGAUUAUUGCUUCAAGGCAUUGAGCUAGGGGAUCAAUGCCCAUCUCAAUUACUAUGGAAGAUGCGAGAGUUAGCCACAAAUAGAAUUACAGACGACGUGCUAAAGACACUUUGGCUCCAGCACUUGCCAACAGCCGCUCAACAAAUACUAGUGGUAAGUGGCGAAGAUCUAACAAAAGUUGCCGAAUUGGCCAAUAAAAUUUGCGAAGUCACCGCACCGAUGGGCCAGAUUCAGGCCGUGUCACCGCUGCCGGCCAAGAACCACGUGGACGUGAUCGCCCAGUUGAAGGAACAGAUAUCACAAUUGUCCCUCCAGAUUCAACAAAUCACUGAGUCAAAACCCUACCGACGUAGCAGGCAUCGCAGCCGCCGUUUUUCGUCUCCCCAUCGAAACAGAAGCACAUCAGAGGGGAGGCAGGUCUGCUGGUACCACCGGAAGUUCGGAGACAAAGCAAACAAGUGCACGUCCCCCUGCCAAUUCCAGUUGGGAAACUGAUCGGGCCGUCGCUCGAUGACACGGGCGACGGCCAAUCUAGGGGACAUAGGCUCUUCUUGCAUGAUAGGGCCACGUCGACGUGUUUUCUGAUAUAUACAGGAGCGGACAUUUCUGUAGUUCCCCCAACUCCGGCCGAAGGAAGAAGAGCCAGACCGACUGCAACUCUUUGCAGCAAACGGCUCAAAGAUCAAAACGUACGGACGGAGACUAUUAUCAUUGGAAU